CUAAGCGUCACCGGGCAGAGCGGGAACUACAACUCCCAGGGAGCCGCGGGAAGGAGCGGGCAGGGCGCCGCCGGAGGGCGGGGGGUACGAAAGGGAACCUGCCGCCGGUGCUGCCUGGAGGUUCCUUCCUCAGGUUUAUUGUGAAACAGCUGCAGCAUCAGUGAGAAAUUAGCAGUAAACUACACACCACAAGCGUUAAGAUGCCGCGUUCUCGUUCGUGCCUCUGAAGGAGCUGGUUGGCAACAGAAUGGUUGGGAUUGACUUGCGGCUGGGAAGCAGUGAAAUGAGCUGCGUUACUUCCGCGGUUUUGUACGAGGAGACCAAUUAACAGUGCAAAUCCCUGCUUGAAUUAACCAUCUUGUUCAUGCUGGGUGUGGAAUAGGUCUCUGCGUGGCCCACUUUGGAGCAGACUGAUAAGGCUCUUUGUUUCUUAGCAACCACCGUCUGCCAGAAACCUGCGGCUAGAGGGAAAAUUCUGAAUGUCUCAAAUUUGUAUCUUGAACCAAGCCCCACGUCUUUCCUGGCUAUGGAGAUGCUGUGUGUCCUUCUCUUAACUAGACUGGUGGCAGAAGUUGCCAGCAAAUCUACUGAAACUUUGGUUUCAGAAACAGAAUGCUGUGUGGAUAUGUUGGAUUCCAACAGUUCCUGUCCAGUCACCAACCAGUGCAGUCCAGGUUGUUACAGGCGAUGGAAUGAGGAUGGCAGUAGCAGCUGCAUUAAAUGCAAAAAUGAAACCCUUCCUGUUUCCUCUGUUUACAACCUGACCGAAUGCAGAAGCACUGGGAUCAGAGGAAUGAAUUUCCAAAUGAACAUCAGCACCGUAACUCCUUUCUUGCAGAACGUAGGGGGCCCGGGAGUGGCAGCCUCUCUCAUCUUAGGGACAUUUUUCAUCAGUUUAUUCCUAAUUCUGUCUGUUGCUUUUUUCUUCUACCUCAAACGUGCCAAUAAACUUCCUAAUAUUUUCUACAGAAGAAACAAAGCAUCUGUUCUCCAGCCUAGUGAAACAGCAUCCAUGAUACCUCCCCCAGCUUCUUCAGUUCGGAAGCCGCGAUACGUCAGACGGGAACGGUCGCUCGUCACGUCUGCAUCUGCUGCUAUGAUCCCUCCUUCCGAAACCAGGGUCAGCAACGUUUAACCUUCAUUCUUGCCUGGGGACUUGAGAAGUGUGCACAGUGUCCAAGAAACUUCUCUUUCUGAAUUCACUGAAGUGCCAGGAAAGCAGCCGACCUAAACACAAGCCAAAUCACCGUGUCAAAGCGUUUGUGCCAAAAGUUAACAGAAAAAUGAACUAAUGCAGAGAUGCACAGGCUCCGUCCAGUUGGAUGAACCGCUUUGGUGAUUCUUGAAACGCACUAUUGCAGCUCUGUGGUCUCAUUUGUCUCCUACAAAUGAUGAGUUUCAAAGUCUUGAAAGAAUCUGCCUUUCUUUGGUAGGCUGCCAGUUUUUGGCGAGCUCUUCUUCCCGUGUUGUGAUGUGUCGUAUGUCCCCAGAGCUGAACGUCUCAGUGCUGAACCCAACACAAAAUCCUGGGGUUACUCUAGGACGCGGACUUGUCGAAGGACCCACUUGUCGAUGCCAACACUAAGUGCUUUAAUGUCGUAGGACAAUAUAACAAUACUUAACAUGCGGUCUCCUUUUGAAGCAAAAAAAAGAUGCCUCCUGGAGCAUCCUCUUCAGCCUGUGACGUAGCUGACCCUGGUUUUUAACUGUGAAUCCAGACCCGCUCUCCACAUGCUGUGGUUCUUGGUGCUUUGAAGGCUGCGGUCAGUAUGGGUCUGAUUCCAAGUGUGGGAAUUUGUUGGGAAGCUUUUCCAAUUGUUUUAAAAGCAGUCUAUGGAAAAGAUAGACUGCGAUGUCUGUCCUGCAAAGGCUGUCUCCGAGCAUCCUUCCCUUGACACGGCAGUUGAAGGGAAACCAACAUUUCUGCCAAUGCAAUAAGGGGUUUCUUUGGUCAAGCCCUUGGUUAACGCGCCUGCCAUCUGCAGGCCAGCACCUUAUGACAGAGCCUAACCAGUAUUUCCUUGCUGAAAGUGCCAUCCCCACCCUCAGAUGCUUGUUCUUGCCCACCUGGUGCCAUAGCUGUUAAAUAAUUGUUUUUCACUGGAUUAUCCUUCACCAAUUUUCUUUUCCCUGGUGCGGUUGACUCUGAACACAGGUAUCACCGUAAUGGGCACAGUGGUUCAGGCACAGGAGUGGGUGACUGGGAAACAAGGGCAAAACCUGCGGUUGCUAAAUCGGUGGAAGUGUCACUGUCACCAUAUGUGAAAUUCUAACUAUGCAGCUCGUGCAUUCCCACCUACCUGCAUUGCUAUCGCCUGGUUUGGUUCAGCUGGCAACUGCUUUACGGGUCUGUGCUCCUAAAAUAAAGUACUUGGAAGCUCUUGAGCAGCAGCCCCUGGCACGAACAGAAACUGGAACAGUCGGUUCUCUUUUUUUGGGAAAAUGUGAACAAAUCUGUCUUGAGCUGACGUGACACCCAUAUGGAGAGUCCAAGCCUUGUGAUCCAGAUUCCCUUUUCCCUGUGGUUAAAAGCUUAUUCAAAGCUGAAAGAUGAGAACUGGCAUGGGAGGAGAUAUAUUUGUCUUAUUGACCAGACCUGCUUUUAUGUAAUUUUCGGUGCGGUUGUAUUUACUUUUUUGAGAACUCUUGUAGCAUCCAAACCAGCCAGGGCAAGACUGGGGAGAAAGAACAAACCGUGAAGAGACCCCUGUGCCAAAAAAAAUUGCUGUAUGAAGAAACUUAAGAUCUAUUCUAAUGAUAAAUAGAUUUGUUCGUUCUACUGGGCCAAACUGAAGACAGCACACGAUGGCGUUUUGAGACCCUUCGGCUUUCAAGAUGAAAUGUGCUUUGUCGUUCGUGUGUUCCCAGUUCAGGAGGUGGCAGUUGAGUUUCUGUCGUUUCGAUGUCUUUUUAUCUCCGUGCUGCUGCGACUUCCCACAGGUAGAAAUCGUGUCUGGAGGUCAUAGGUUUUUCCUCUACUUAGUUGCUGAAUAUUUUCCCAACCGCUAAGGAAAAGGAGUAACUAUGCAAACAAUGCCAAGAAACUGCACCUUUUGGAAGCAGGGAGCUCCUGCUUGCCAAGCCGGCAAUGAUCGUGCUUUCUUGUAUGCUUAGUUGCUAAUAUAUUCUUUCUACACAUAAAUUAUUGGCGGAUCACUCAUGUCGUUGGGCUGUCUGAACCCUUUCUUAUCCUGAGGUGUGGAUUGUAACUGAGUUUCAAGUCGAGCAUCUAUUGCUCCAAUGUCUGUGCAGUGGAGUUUUUCUCCAUGCUAACAUCUCUCUUCCCCUCCCAGCCAACUCUUUGAAAUACAGCGGAUAUUUUUACUCUUCUUGUGUGUUUCAGGAGCUGUUAAGCUUUUGUUAUUGCUGUCGGACACAGCGGAUUCCUGGUCUAAACAGUUUCUCGUUCGUUUGCACUGUCAAAUUGAAUAUAGAAUGUGGUGGGUUUGUUUCCAUCUCCCCUCAAAAUAAUAAAACAUAACUAUAUAUAUUUUAAAAUUUGGCUUUAAUGAACCCUGAUAUUUAAUGUAUUUGUAUAUUUUUAAAUUGUGCCAAAAUAAACAUAUUUGAGCUUUUUUUGUAAUGACUCUG